AUGUUUCGAACAGCCGUGCGCUCGAUGUCCGCCACUGCAAGGAAGUCCUUAACUAUAGGGCUUAUUCCUGCUGAUGGCAUUGGGCGAGAGGUUAUACCCGCCGCGAAGCAAGCUAUCCUCGCGCUAGGAUCGGACCUGCCGAAGACGGAGUUCGUAGAACUGCUUGCUGGAUUUGAGUACUUCAAGCGGACGGGCACUGCUCUCCCUGAUGAGACCGUCGAAAUAUUGAAGUACGACUGUGACUGCGCCUUGUUCGGAGCUGUUAGCUCUCCCUCGAAGAAGGUUGUUGGUUACUCAUCACCUAUAGUUGCCCUCCGCAAGGAGUUGGACCUAUACGCUAACAUUCGCCCAGUUAUCUCUGUACGUGGCAACGAGAAGCCCUCCGUGGAUCUCGUUGUUGUACGCGAGAAUACCGAGUGCUUGUAUAUCAAACAGGAAGAGCUUACCGUAGGGCCCAAUGGCAAAGAAGCUCGCGCAACUCGGCUAAUCACCGAACGUGCCUCAAGAAGAAUUGGCCAAAUUGCAUUCGAACUAGCCAGCAAGCGACCUCGAAAGCACCUUACUGUCAUCCACAAGUCAAACGUCUUAAGUGUUACUGAUGGUCUGUUCCGAGAAACUGUCCGCGCAGUUCCCCUCUUGCCUGAGGUCAACGGAAGAUACAACGAUGUAACAGUAAUGGAGCAGUUGGUGGAUAGUGCUGUAUAUCGCUUGUUCCGCGAGCCACAGAUUUUCGAUGUCAUGGUCGCCCCCAACUUAUACGGCGAUAUAAUAUCUGAUGCGGCUGCGGCACUGGUUGGAUCAUUGGGACUCGUGCCUUCGAUCAACGCAGGGGAUGACUUUGUGAUGGGCGAACCUGUCCACGGUUCUGCUCCAGACAUCGCGGGGCAAAGUAUCGCUAACCCCCUUGCUUCUAUUCGGUCCGCUGCACUAAUGUUGCGGCACUUGGGCUACACCAAAGGAGCAGAUCGUCUGGAUAUUGCGGUGGACCAGGUUAUCCGAGAAGGCCAGGUCCUGACGCCUGAUCUAGGGGGGAAGAGUAAGACGGAGGAGGUUGUAGAGGCUGUCUUGAAGAAAAUAUAA